AAGCUACUUCGGCGUUUUUGUUAACCGGUUGCUUGGAUACCGGAGAUGGGACAGUCCUGCCUGCGCGAGGACCUGUUUCUGUUUCAUGGAGCUAGCAGGUUGCUACUAACUCAGCUUCGCGUUAGUCACUGAAUUAGAUGUAAAAAUGUCUGACAACGAGGGAGAACAAGGUCCGAAAAGCACCUUUUCCACCUACAUGGCCGAAGCCGACCAGCUGUUUCACAAAGGAGAAUAUAGCAAGGCUGUUGAAAGCUAUUCCACGGCUCUGCUACUACAGCCGGGCGACAGGAACUGUUUGGUUGCCAGAUCCAGGUGUUAUGUGAAAAUGGGACAAGCUGAAAAUGCCCUGAAGGACGCAGAAGCUUCUCUCAAAGAUGACAAAAGCUUCUUCAAGGGAUUGUAUCAGAAGGCAGAGGCUCUGUACACCAUGGGGGAUUUCGAGUUCGCACUGGUCUUCUACCACCGAGGCCACAAACUGCGACCAGAGAUGCAGGAGUUCAGACUGGGUAUACAGAAAGCUGAGGAAGCUAUCAACAACUCUGUGGGAAGUCCUUCAUCUGUAAAGCUGAAGAAUAAGGGUGAUCUGUCUUUCUUCCAUAAAGUAGAAGAGCGCAAAAAGCUUCGACCAGAGACUUUUAACCAUCCCCUGAAGAAGAACCUGAGUGAGCAAAGCCAGAAGACACCCAAGAAUGAGAGAACAGCUAAACAGCUCCUGGGAGAGCUGUACACUGAUAAAGAAUACCUGGAAAAGCUGCUCAAAGAUGAAGAUCUAAUAAAAGGUAAGACACGUACUGGUGAGAGGCUGCAGGACGUAAUCAUGAGCUGCAUCUCAUAUCUGGACACACGCACUGAGUUUUGGCGGCAGCAGAAACCUAUCUAUGCCCGCGAGCGUGAUCGAAAGCUCCUACAGCAGCAGUGGAAUCGCACAAAGAACCGUCCUCCCACUGACCCCACCUUCUAUGUCCUCAAAAACAUGGAGGAGAUAGACACAGAACUGACUGCAGGUAACACAGAGAACAGCUUAAAGAAGGCCCGAGAGGUGCUGAAGACAGUGCAAGGCUGGUCUGACAAAGCUCUGCCCAAUAAGGCAGAAGUGCUGGGAAACCUUUAUAGCUGCAUUGGUAAUGCGCUGAUGGAUCUGGGAAACAUGGACAAGGCCCUGGAGAACCACUUUAAAGAUCUGGAGCUGGCCCAGCAAGGUAACUUGAUGGACAAUAAGUCCAGGGCUCUGGACAACAUCGGACGAGUGUACGCACGCAUUGGCAAAUUUCAGCAAGCCAUAAAAGUCUGGGAGGAAAAGAUCCCUUUGGUACAAGGUGGGCUGGAGAAGGCCUGGCUGUUCCAUGAGAUCGGCCGUUGUUAUCUAGAACUGAAGCGUCACACCAAGGCCAGAGACUAUGGCAUCCACUCACUCGGUGCUGCGGAUGACAUCGGUGAUGAGAAAUGGCAGCUCAAUGCCAGCGUGCUAGUGGCGCAGGCUGAGUUGAAACUGGGUAACUAUAAGUCCAGUGUGUUACACUUUGAGAAGGCACUGGACCAGGCUAAACUGCUGCAGGACGACCAUGCCAGAGAUGCCAUCCAGAAGGCUCUUCAAGAGACAAGACAGCAAGCGUCCCAGUGACAGCAGACUGAUUCGGUUAGCGUUCCCCCUCUGAAGGAAGUUUCAGAGACUUAUGGAAACAAAUUUAAACUAAUGAAUCAUAAUUACUGCUUGUACUUAGGGCUGCAUCCACUAGAAUAAAUCUUGUAUGGAGAAAUCAACGGAGUCUGUGUUUCAGCAGGAGGAUGCCGCAUGUCAAAGACUACUUCAUUUUCAAACAGUACACUUUGUGGUCUGUUUUCAAAAGUGUAAAUAUUAAGGAACAUCUGAAAACAUCUACAGUGAGGGUCACCAUGGAAACAAUUGAACAAUAAUUUGUCCAACUGGACAAUAAUUUUAGAAUUAUUACCCACAUUAUAAUUAGGUCAUGCCUGUGAUUAAGACAGGACUUUAAUUUAGCAUUUUACUUCUGCAGAUUUUCUGAUGUGGUUAAUGAGUGAUGCAAGCAAAUUUUAUUCUUGUGUGUUGCAAUAUCAAGACUUGUGAGGAAUGAUUGUGUAACCACAGAAUUUUGAGCGUCUAUCCACUUGUGAGAGAGUUAUGCAAGAACCUGAGACAAGGAGUUUGAGCUUGUCUGUAUUUGUCCUGAAGACGUCUGCUAAACUCUGAGUCUACCUCUCUCACUUAACUUUAAGGGCAGUACUUAAUUUGGGCCAGAUCAAACCAGUAAACAGUAAAAUUAAAUGAAGUAAUAAUAAAAUCACUUCAAUGAAUGAUCAUUCUUUAUGUCACCCCCCUUCCUAAAAUACAUCCUGUUCAUUCCAUGAUGACUAACUGGUAACUAGUAAUAAUGGCGUACUUGUGUUAUCAGUCACAUGUCAUCGUGCAUUAUGGAUAUGGCGAAAAGAGGCAGCUGACAUUGUUGUCAUUUCUUAAAGAAGUAAAAAAAUGUGAUGGUGUAGAACAAGUUGCUAAAAAAAAAGGGAGGAGUCAUUUCUGUUUCUGAAACUUGUUUGCCCAUCACUUAAAAUAUUCAACCCUGUGCCAUAUGUGUGUUUUUGGAUUUCUAAAGGACGCCAAACUGUGACAUUGAGAGGAGACUGUAAGUUACAUGACUGUGUUUUGGAGCAAUUUGGAUAAAUGCAAGUUAAGAAAGUA